GAGGAGGAGAAAGAGGAGGAGGUGAACAACUUACCCUGCUGAGCUUUCUUUGGGGAAUACGUGCAUGAAGAUUUAGAUCUGCAUGUAAAAUCUAUACAAAGUAUCGGCCAAUACAGGUCUGAUUCUCACCCCCCACCUCCGUUUCUCUCUCUCCCCCUCUCUCCCUCUCGCUCUCGCUCUCUCUCCUUUUCUGCUGUGUCGGAAAGACCAAGACAGAACUAUCUCUGUUUUUGGCUUCUCUGCCCGUAAAGGAGUUUUCAUUCAGACUUUCCGAAGAGAGGUGGAGAAACCCAAGACUCAGGAGAAGAGAUCCUUUGACCAGAUGGAGCUUUAGUUCUUCUGUUUUUCUCAGCAUGGACAAACCAUUUUCUCAAGGAUUUUCUGAUGUUCCCUAAAGUCUAUGUAACUACAAGGGCUCCUCUUUAUCACCAUAAGUGCCAGUCUGAUCUAAAAUCACUCAGAGCUCAAAAGUCAAGUCAAAAUGGAUGCCACAGUGAUAGAUGAUUUCCAACAAAUUCUGCCUAUUGAACAGCUGCGCUCUACUCAUGCUAGCAAUGAUUAUGUGGAAAGGCCUCCAGCUCCCUGUAAACAGGCCCUCUCUAGCCCUUCCCUUAUUGUGCAAACCCACAAAUCUGAUUGGUCCCUGGCUACCAUGCCUACUGCUCUCCCUCGCAGUCUCAGCCAGUGCCAUCAGUUGCAGCCAUUGCCUCAGCAUCUGAGCCAAUCUAGCAUCGCCAGCUCAAUGUCCCAUAGCACCACUGCCUCUGAUCAAAGGCUCUUGGCCAGCAUUACACCAUCUCCUUCAGGCCAGUCCAUCAUCCGAACCCAGGCUGGAACAGGAACCCACCCAAAGGCCGAUGGUGCUCUGAAAAGAGAAGCUGAGCAAUCUGCAGGGCAUCCCAGUGAUCACCUCUUCAUCUGCGAGGAGUGUGGGCGGUGCAAGUGUGUCCCCUGCACUGCAGUUCGCCCACUCCCGUCCUGCUGGGUGUGCAACCAACGUUGCCUUUGCUCUGCUGAGAGCCUCCUUGAUUAUGGCACUUGCCUCUGCUGUGUCAAGGGCCUCUUCUACCACUGCUCCACUGAUGAUGAAGACAACUGCGCUGAUGAGCCCUGCUCCUGUGGGCCUAGCUCUUGCUUGGUCCGUUGGGCAGCCAUGAGCCUCAUCUCCCUUUUCCUACCCUGCCUGUGCUGCUACCUGCCUACCCGUGGAUGCCUCCAUCUGUGCCAGCAGGGCUACGAUAGCCUCCGGCGACCAGGCUGCCGUUGUAAGAGGCACACCAACACUGUGUGCAGAAAAAUCUCUACUGGUAGUAAGCCUUUCCCCAAGGCCCAGGAAAAGUCUGUAUGACCUUCCAACAAGAUGGAUCCAGAGCAUUCUCCUAACCCUCUUCAGUAAAGCAUAGGCCUCAUGUUUGGAGAGGGGGGAGUAAUAAACUAGCCAAAGUUAGGGCCUCACCUCUUUUGUUCCUGCAGCGUCAGGGGAAUGGCAAAGAACAUCCUGUGCAGGAUGCCUUGCUCUUUUUCUCAUUAUCUAUCCCACUCUUCUUUAAUCUUUUUACAUCCCGCCAGCUCAGCCUUUAUGGCUGUCAUGGCAAAUUCAGGCGAUAGAUGGGCAUGAGGUUUGGACACUGAGGACUGACAGAGCCAGCAACGUGGAGGUUUAGGGGCUCCCCAUUGUAAUGCCUCUCGGUGCAGGCUCUGAUCGUCACUCUGCUUUCCACAGUACCUUUGAAGCCUUUCUUUUAAGGUGAUCAUCACAGGUACAUGUGGAACAGCGUUCAACCUUCCAGGGAAUAUGACCCCAUCUUCCUAUUUACUGCUCCCUACCUCCCUUCCAUCUCAUCUCCCUCUGUUCCUGUCCCUUUUUCUCUCAUAUCCUGUUCUGUUCCCUUUCUUCUUUCACUCUCAGCCUCUAUUGUCACUUUUCCAUGUUUCUUUUUCAUUUCCUGCUUUCUUCUACUCUUCUGAUAAGAUUAAGCUGU